AUGUCGGUUUCGACGAUACGUGCCAUCAGCAUCCUACUGCUCUUGGCAGCGCACGCACUCGCGGAUCUUCCGUCUUGCGCUCGUGCCAAAUGCGUUCAUUGCGCAGUUGACUUUAUUGAUAGGAUGUGUCCGACGGCGUGUGCUGGAUGCAAACCACAACAUCUGUCUGUCGCUCAGGUAUCGGCAGACAAGGAUUAAACGUUAAUGGGAACUAUUUGCAGGCAGGAGGUGUUCAGAGACCACCACAGCCACCACCGGCAUUCAAUACACAGCCACAGUUCGCUCAGUCUGUGAACACUCGCCAAGUAUCAAACGAGGGAGGACUCCAGGUUCCAAGACCGCAACCACAACAGCAGGUUUGGUUUUAGGAAGAAUUGUUAACAAUAUGAAGUAUUCAGGUUCCACAAGUCCCACAAGUCCCCCAACAGCCACAGCAGCAACAGUUCCAACAGUUCCAGCAGCCAGCUGUGCAGCAACCGCAACAGGCUCAGCAGCAACCACUUCUCAACAUUCCUCUCCAGCCACAUGCUCAACCAGUUCAGUUUGCAGCUCCGAACUACCAGGGGCAACAGAUCCCGUACCCACACGCUCAGGCACCUGCCAGAUUCAAACCGCUACUCUUGCUCCGCUUGUUGAGCCUCCAAAGGUCGCCACGUUCGAUCCAAACUUGAGCCGUCAGCCAGCCGACUUGGCCCAGCCGCUGCCAGAAUACCAAACGGGCCAAGUUCAGUAUCAACAACCAGCUCAGCUUCCUCAAUUCCCACAACCACAGCAAGCGUUCGGACUUCCGCAGCCACCACAACAGGGAUACGGUCAGCAGGUUGAUAACAUCUUCAACCAGCCAAAUCCAUUCCAACUUCCACCUGCACAACAAGCGCCAGGACUUUUCGGAGCUCCAGGCGUCGCUGCUGGACAGCAACAACAGCCAGCAUUUAACCCAUUCCAACCGUUCCUUCAACAAACGAAUGCCGCUCUGGAUCCAUUCAAUCUGUUCAACUUGAAUGCGAAUCCGUUGGCUGUUAAUCAACAAGGAAUUAGCACUCUGCAGACUCAGCAGCAGCAACAGCAACAACAACAACAGUACGGUCAGGUACAGCAUCAAGGCAACUACAAUCAAAAUUACAAUCAACAACCACAGCAGCAAUACAACCAGCAGUACCAGCAGCAGCAAUACAAUCAGCAACCACAACAGGCGCAGCAGUACAAUCAGCAGCCACAGUACACGCAACAAACACCGCAGCCGCAGUAUCAGACUCAGCAACAGCAACAGUAUAACCAACAACCGCAACAGCCUCAACAGCAGUAUCAGAACCAGAACAACUAUCAGCCACAGCUAGCUCCACAGCAGCAACAACUCCCAGUUGCUCCACAACAGCAAGUCCAGCAGCCUCGCCCGCAGCCACUUCCACAGCCAGUUGCCGCGUCUGUUGACUCGAGACCAGUCAACUUUGAGAAAUACGUCGACCCAGGAAAGGGAACUCCACUUGCUCCACCUCCACAGGUAUGGGAAAAUUUUACUUUUACCAAAAAAGAAGAGGUCUUUAUGUUCGAUUUCUGAAGAUAAGUUGAUAAAUUGAAAGAUGCGUUUGUCGCAUGUAUGAAAAGCCGGGCCGUAGACUCAAGAGCACGAUGAACAUUCACUUUUAGGCACAGUGUCCACGUCAGCCAGGAUGGCAGCCGUGCAUCACUAAGGAUACUGCCAACGAUCGUUUCCGCAAUUGCUGUUCCCGCCUCGGAGAAGGCUGUGCCCCACUUUGCAACUACGAUGCUACUCUUGCUACUGUAAGUGAUUCUUUCCGUCUCUUUUAACACGUCUUUCCCUCUUCAGAUGCAAUUAGCUGUGCUCACUGGCCGUUGCCCUCUGAGCAAGGUAGGAGACGUCAUGAUCUGCGCCUCUGGAUACCAGGAUGCUUCUCAGUGCUGCGAGGCGUACGGAGUCUUCGAGCCCGGAUACGAGCACUGCCGUCCGUACUGCAACCCAUCGGCUGGUCUCCCAGAAGGCGGUCUUCUCACCGAGAAAUACAAGUGUCUUGUCAAACUGUCGCACAUUCAGCAGUGCUUCUUCGUCUCGCAGAAGCCUUGA